CUUUAAAUUUCUUUGCCCAAAGAUUUGACACUCUUAGCUGCGGAUGGGAUAUGUUUGAAAGGUUUUCAGAAAUUACAGAGAAACGGCUUUCACUUUCCUGAACUUUCUCAAGACGUGCAUUUAUUUUAGCAGAACCGGAUAAAAGAAAACAGAAAAAAAAUGAUUUCUGCCUGUUUGGAAUUCCUCGCCUUGGGGCUGUGCGCGUCUGGUACCCUGCUGGUGAUGGUGGCGUGCGGCCUGCCGAUGUGGAAAGUCUCCGCGUUCAUCGAAGGCAACAUCGUCGUAGCGCAGAACAUCUGGGACGGACUGUGGAUGUCCUGCGUUGUCCAGAGCACUGGCCAGAUGCAGUGCAAGGUGCACGACUCCAUGCUGGCGCUGGGCACGGACAUACAGACGGCCAGAGCGCUCACGGUCAUCUCUGCUGUCCUGGGCGUGCUGGGGCUCACCUUCACCAUCGCCGGCGCUCAGUGCACCAACUGCAUCAAGACCGAGACCACCAAGGCGAAGGUGGUGAACGCUGGCGGAGUGAUCUACAUCAUCAGCGGCUUGUUCGUGCUGAUUCCCCUCUGCUGGAUGGCGAAUAACAUAAUCUCGGAUUUUUACAACCCGCAGAUUAUGCCGGCCAAUAAGCGAGAGAUCGGGGCUGCGCUGUACAUUGGAUGGGCGGGAGCCGGACUUCUACUUAUUGGAGGCACCAUUCUAUGUUGCUCCUGUCCUCAACAGUUUAAGUCCUCAUAUCCCAUAAAGUAUGCCCCAACAAAGAGCGUCACUCAAAAUGGAGACUACGACAAGCGAAAUUAUGUUUAAGUUAGGUCUCUCUCACGAAGGUUUGUUUUUGUCAGACGAAACUUUAAUGGAUGACACGCGCAAGUUACUACUGCAGGGUGCUCGAGCGCACACCGCGAGGACAGCUGUUGCUUGAUGUCUCCGUGACAUCUUCAAGCACCCCGUCAAGGAUGGACUCAGUAGGCUACUUACAUUUACAAGUAGGCUAUGAGAGGAACCGCUCCCUAAGUCUGAAACUUUUUGUUGUUGUUGUUUUGUGUGUCUGUCAAAUUCUUCUAGUCAGUUGGAUGAGAGAAUGAGAGAGAUUCCAUUCCAUUGAAACUGAAUUUGUUUAGUGAUAUUUGUGUUUAGGUUAUUAUUUCAAUCGGCCUACAAGUUCAAUUGCCUGUAACCAAAAUGUCCAUCCGUUAAGACUGUUUCACCCUUGGUAAUUAGACACGGUCUGCUUAUUAACAGCUCCAUAUAGCACGAUGAAUAGCCUCCAUUGUUUGUCAAGUGCAUACCAGCGAUGCAUAGCCUAUAUCUGGCUGCACCCUUUAUCACAACAAUUGUGCAAUUAUACUUAUGAGUAGCCGAUCUAGCAAAUCGACUGUAUUGUAAAUAUGUUUUGAUGUAGCUCAUAUGGUCAGUACCUCUGUAUUUUUUUUUUCAAAAAAAUAAACAAUCAGGUUCAGGAAUUGUCUUGUAUGAUCCACUUGUGCUGUAACUAUAUUGUCACUUCAUGUGUAUAAAUGAGCUGUAAAGAGUCAUUGUCUAAUAAACUUGUCUUGUACAUUUUUUCAAAUUAUAAA